GCCACCUCAUAUCUAGUCAGGAUUUCCCCGAGAGAGGUUCGCCGAAACCGGGCAGAGAAUACGGGGGUACAUCGGGGAGAGAAACCUGGAUUUGCCGGUUAAACAACACUUAUACACCGGCUGUGGAUAAUCUGUUACCCCCCGGACGGGAUUAGGUUUCGUGAUUCAGCGGUAAAUUAGGCGCCGCCGUUUUUCUGAUGAGAAACCGAUCCGUCGCCGGAGAGCAGUCGAACCGCGGCGCAUAGGAGGCAGCUAGCUAGCUAGCUUGCUAAAUAUUUUUCUCUGGACACCCUUCCGAGCCUAGUAGUAGAACUCGGUGGCCGGGGGAAAAGUACUAAUCAGCUAAUCAAAGUCCGGAAAGAGGAAAAAAAGUCGUAUCGAAUAGGUUGUUCUUGUAAUACUUGCAGACACGGGGCAAAGAAGGACCACCGGCCAAGCGGACCCCCCGAGCGACAAGAAGGGGCCCGUUUAGCAGGGACGAAGCCAGGGAGUGGGGAGGAGUAUCCGUCUCUUGAGGGAACACGUCCCCCCCCGCUCUGUCGAAGUUACGGCGCCGAGCUAACGGCACCGAACGUGCUGGAACUGAGCGGAACCGAUCACCGGGAUUUGUCAACUGAGAGCCGGGGAGGAACCGGACAGAGACCUCAUGAAUGGAAAUCGGAACUACAGGAGCCGUUGGGGCCCAGUCCCUGUUCACCGUCCCGCGCCGCCCCGGAUAUGGCACCAUGGGCAAGCCCAUCAAGCUGCUGGCCAACUGCUUCCAGGUGGAGAUCCCCAAGAUGGACGUCUACCUCUAUGAGGUCGACAUCAAGCCUGAGAAGUGCCCCCGCCGCGUCAACAGGGAGGUGGUGGAUUCCAUGGUGCAGCACUUUAAGGUGACCAUCUUCGGGGAUCGAAGGCCAGUUUACGAUGGAAAGAGGAGCCUCUACACAGCCAACCCACUACCUGUGGCCCCCGCCGGAGUGGAUCUGGACGUCACGCUGCCCGGGGAGGGGGGCAAGGACCGUCCCUUUAAGGUCAGCAUAAAGUUUGUGUCGCUGGUGAGCUGGCACCUCCUCCACGAGGUCCUGACGGGCCGCAGCAUGCCCGAGCCCCUGGAGCUGGACAAGCCAAUCAGCACCAACCCCGUGCACGCCGUGGACGUGGUGCUGCGCCACCUGCCCUCCAUGAAGUACACACCUGUGGGACGUUCAUUUUUCUCCGCACCGGAGGGGUACGACCACCCCCUGGGCGGGGGGCGGGAGGUGUGGUUUGGGUUCCACCAAUCGGUGCGUCCUGCCAUGUGGAAGAUGAUGCUAAACAUCGACGUGUCUGCCACAGCCUUUUACAAAGCGCAGCCUGUCAUCCAGUUCAUGUGUGAAGUCCUGGACAUCCACAACAUCGACGAGCAGCCCCGCCCGCUCACCGACUCCCACCGGGUCAAGUUCACCAAAGAGAUUAAAGGUCUGAAGGUGGAGGUGACGCACUGCGGAACGAUGAGGAGGAAGUACCGCGUGUGCAACGUGACCCGCCGCCCCGCCAGCCACCAGACGUUCCCCCUGCAGCUGGAGAACGGGCAGACGGUGGAGCGCACCGUGGCGCAGUAUUUCAGAGAGAAGUACAACCUGCAGCUCAAGUACCCUCACCUGCCCUGCCUACAGGUGGGCCAGGAGCAGAAACACACCUACCUGCCGCUCGAGGUGUGUAACAUCGUAGCGGGGCAGCGCUGUAUCAAGAAACUGACCGAUAAUCAGACCUCCACCAUGAUCAAAGCCACAGCGCGCUCCGCACCCGACCGACAGGAGGAGAUCAGCCGGCUGGUGCGCAGUGCCAACUACGAGGCGGACCCGUUCGUGCAGGAGUUCCAGUUCAAGGUCCGGGACGAGAUGGCCCACGUGACGGGGCGCGUCUUACCUGCGCCCAUGCUGCAGUACGGGGGCAGGAACCGGACGGUGGCCACGCCCAGCCACGGCGUGUGGGACAUGCGCGGAAAGCAGUUCCACACGGGCGUGGAGAUCAAGAUGUGGGCCAUCGCCUGCUUCGCCACGCAGAGGCAGUGCAGAGAGGAGAUCUUAAAGGGUUUCACGGACCAGCUGCGGAAGAUCUCUAAGGAUGCUGGGAUGCCCAUCCAGGGCCAGCCGUGCUUCUGUAAAUACGCGCAGGGUGCAGACAGCGUGGAGCCCAUGUUCAGGCACCUGAAGAACACCUACUCUGGGCUGCAGCUCAUCAUCGUCAUCCUGCCCGGCAAGACGCCGGUCUAUGCGGAGGUGAAGCGGGUGGGGGACACUCUCCUGGGAAUGGCCACUCAGUGCGUCCAGGUGAAGAACGUGGUGAAGACCUCUCCCCAGACCCUCUCCAACCUCUGUCCUCAAGGAUCAACCCAAAUGACGGGUUUGUUUUUCCUCACUGACUCCUCUCUCUUUCUCCCCAGGCCUUCAGUGUUCCAGCAGCCGGUGAUCUUCCUGGGGGCCGACGUGACCCACCCCCCUGCGGGAGACGGGAAGAAGCCCUCCAUCGCAGCGGUGGUGGGCAGUAUGGACGCUCAUCCCAGUCGUUACUGUGCUACGGUGCGGGUCCAGAGGCCCAGACAGGAGGUCAUUCAGGACCUGGCAUCCAUGGUCCGGGAGCUGCUGAUCCAGUUCUACAAGUCCACCCGCUACAAGCCCACACGCAUCAUCUUCUACCGGGACGGGGUGUCCGAGGGCCAGUUCAGACAGGUGCUUUACUACGAGCUGCUGGCGAUUCGCGAGGCCUGUAUCAGUCUGGAGAAAGAGUACCAGCCGGGCAUCACCUACAUCGUGGUGCAGAAGCGCCACCACACCCGCCUCUUCUGUGCCGACCGCAACGAAAGGGUCGGGCGAAGUGGAAACAUUCCUGCAGGCACGACUGUGGACACGGACAUCACGCACCCCUACGAGUUUGACUUUUACCUCUGCAGUCACGCAGGAAUUCAGGGCACCAGCCGCCCCUCCCACUACCACGUCCUGUGGGACGACAACUGCUUCACUGCGGACGAGUUCCAGCUGCUCACCUACCAGCUGUGCCACACCUACGUGCGCUGCACCCGCUCCGUCUCCAUCCCCGCCCCCGCCUACUACGCCCACCUGGUGGCCUUCCGAGCCCGCUACCACCUGGUGGACAAAGAGCACGACAGUGCGGAGGGCAGCCACGUUUCGGGGCAGAGUAACGGGCGGGACCCCCAGGCUCUGGCUAAGGCCGUGCAGAUUCACCACGACACCUUACGCACCAUGUACUUCGCCUGAGAGUCCUCCCAUACCCCCCCACACCCCCCCCCCCCCGACCCCCCCGACCCCCGACCCCCCCACACGCCUGCGUGUCCAACCAGGGCCAGUUGCCACCGGAGGGGGGGGGGGGGGCGGAGCUUGAUCCAUACCUGACACUGUGCAGAGGGAGGAGGGGCCAGCCUGGACCGGGCCUGAGGAUGCAAACCCGCUUUCUGACAAAACAAACUAACGAAACGAAACGAAACGAAGCGAAACAAAAAAGGAACACGGCGCUAUUAUGCAAUAUGAAACCAGCCAACCGCUUUUCGGCACCUCCCCCACCGCGCCCCCCCUCCCUGCCCUCCCUCCCCGCCCGCUUGCCCCUCCCCAUACCCAAACCCCAACUCUCCUUCUGUCAGUUCUUUUGCUGUCCAGAAGGUGGCGCUUCUGUUGUCUUUUUUUGUUUUGUUUUGUUUUUUUAAUCCCAAGGUGUUUGUUUUUAAAAAUGGGGGGAAAACCCUUCUUUCCAGAUCUUUCUCCUCCGAGCCUUUACCUCAACAGUUUUAAUGGCAGCGCUCCGACUUUUCCCCCUCUUGUUUUAAUUUUUUUUUUUGUUCUGUUCUUUCUGAGAAAAAGAGAGAGCGAGAAAGCUGAAAAGAAACGGGAAAAAUCACGUGUUUUUGGGGGCUGGUUCAGAGAAAGCUGCCCCCCGCCCACCUGUCCCCCCGUUCGGUGAGCUUGUGGGCGUUUGUUUCCAGACGUUGCGCAGACGGGCGCUCGGUCGUCCAAACUGCCGCUGGCCCGCCGGGUCUGGCCCAGCCAAUCGGCUGCGCGCGUCUGCCCGGGCGUGCACGUGUGUAUGUGCACGCUCCUGCGCGCGCUUCUGUAAGGUUCUGUCCGUGUCAUAAGAGGCCUGCACUCUGAUGUUUCCCAUCGUUGACCCACCCCCCACGGUCCAGCCAAUCCCACAAUCCCCUGCGCACACACACAAAAAAACACGUUUCCUGUUUCUUUUCCUCUCUCCUCAUUUUCAGCCAAUGGUGACUUAACAGUGUGAGAGUGUCAAUGGAGUGACAAACCAAUUUCCGCAGACAAGGCGAAGCAAAACCAAG